AUGGCAUUAUCUAAUACACCUAGUCAAGAAUAUAGUUGGCAAGGUACAAAUCUACCUUUAUUUGGUAGUGAUGAAGAUAAAAGAGUUAAAAAGGAAUCUGGCUUACAAGAAGAAGCUUGGUGUUCAGUCUUGAAUACACAUUGUCCACGAUUAUUUGUAUGGAGAGUUGAGAAAUUUAAAAUUAGACCAGUUAAUGAAAAUGAUUAUGGUCAUUUCUUCAACGGUGAUUCAUAUAUUGUUUUGAAUAUAUAUUCAAAAGGUAGAGGACUUGGUUAUGAUGUACAUUCUUGGGUUGGAUCGAAAAGUACUCCGGAAGAAUAUACUACAGCUGUUUAUAAGACAGUGGAACUCGAUGCUGUACUUGAUAACCAGGCUGUUCAACAUCGUGAAGUUGAACAAUAUGAAUCAUGCUUAUUCAAAUCCUACUUUUCAUGUUUCCGCAUACUGAACGGUGGCAUUGACUCUGGUUUCCGUCGAACAACUCCAAAUGAAUAUCAGCCAAGAUUGUUGCAUUUCCAUCAAGAGGGCAGAGGACGAUUUCAGGUACAGGAGGUGGAUCUUUCGAUCAAUUCAUUAGAUUCUACUGACGUUUUUAUUCUUGAUCUUGGUUCAAAACUAUAUCAGUGGAACGGAUCGAAAAGUAAUAAAGAGAAGCGUUAUAAUGCUGCUCAAUUCUUACUACAAGUCAGUAGUGAACGUAAUGGACGUUGUAAAACUGCUGUAUUGGAUGAAUUGUUUACAAAUAGCGGAGAUGAAUUCUUGCAUUAUUUACCAGAUAAACCAGUUCACAGAUCUAAAAAGUACUGUGAAUCAACAAAAUGUAUUUACAAGCUAUCUGAUGAAGACGGUAAUCUAUCAUUUGAUUUAGUUGUGAAAAACCAUUUACCUAAAAGAGCGGUUAAUGAAGAUGAGGUCUUUCUCGUUGAUGCAGGAUAUCAUCUCUUUAUUUACAUUGGAAGUAAAUGUUUACUAUGUGAAAAGCAAAAUGCUUUAUCAUAUGCACAUCAUUAUUUAAAAAGCACAAGACAUCCAUUCAUUCCAGUCACUGUUAUUGGUUCUAAUCAAAGUUCAGAUGAACUCGAACGAGCAUGGGACAGAGAUAGAGCUUCAAGUUAUUUACAAUAA